GAGAGCUGAAUUCACGUAACACCAUUAGAAAAAAACUUGACAAAAAAAAAGUUAGUAAAUUAGAUAUUGUGUUUCUUCUCCAUACACAGACUCUCGAGGAUCUCUCCACAAAAUUUUUUUUCCUUCACAAAAGACAGAAAUUUCCAUGCAAAUCUCCAACCAGUUUGUUUCUCAAUGAAGAAAAUGGAAGAUGAUCAUCAUCACAGGAAGAACAUCAUCAUGUUACUAACUCUUGUUUUCUACCUUUCAUCCAUUAUCUCUUGAUCAAACUCACAUUCUUUUAAAACGCCAAAAUUAAUGUCUUUGGUGAAUCCCUCAGCUGGACGUGCAUUCAUAUGGAUCGUCACUUGUUUUCUCUUCUUCUCCAUUAUCAGCGGUGGCGGCUGUCUUUUGAUGUACAUGAUCCUCCCUGAAAGCGAAUCCACCGAAUGGCUACCUAUCACCGGUUUGUCCUUGGUUUGCCUCCCUUGGUUCUUCUGGCUAUUAACUUUCUUCUAUAGAGUUAUCUCACGUGCAUGUGGUUAUAGAGUCUCCCUUGGUACUGGUGCGGAUGUAGGCACCAAUAACGUAAAUGACAAUAAUAACAAUAACAACAAUAAUGCAUCAUCUGCUGAAUCCCCUCGGCAGGAUGUGGGAGAACGAGGUAAUGAGGACAACAACAAUGUUGAUCAAAGAAAAAGCAAUUCAUCGUCCAACAACUCAAUAGUAUCUCGUGAGAGUGAAAUGCCAUUAGCCAUAACAAUGGCAUCGUAAAGCUAGCUAAAGAUUUGAGUUCCAUUGAAGAUGGGUUUAGUUAUUCCAUAUGGAGGAAGAGAAUUUAAGUCAUUAAUUACCUCCGUUUAAAAUGAGAACAUUGAUCUUUGUUGAUCUUUAAUGAGUGUAUAUAUGGUAGCGAUGUUGUCCAUGCAAAUGUAAGAAAAGAGCAGUCCUCGAUUGAGCAUCAAGGGUGGUCGAUAAACUUGGAAACAUUAGACUUGUUUUUCUCAAAUGUUGCAUACAACAGGUAAUAGGAUAUAGCUAGGUGGUGAAUGGUUUUAAUUUUCUUUUUUUUUCAAACUCCUUGUAAUAGUUGAAAUUUUACUUCAUUGCAUAUUUUGAACCGUGUUUCUACUCUUGGAAUUAUGAUCUUUAGCAACCCAAGUUUUGUUCUUAGAUAUCAUAUGAAGUUCCUUUUACACAAACAUUAGUGAAUGUAUCUUUU